AUGGGAAAGGUCAGAGCCGCCACGCAGAGACAGAUGCACACCAUCCACGUCCACACCCACCCACAGCUCAGCAUUCCCCCUUCCCCUUGCCCCCCUCCCCCCUCCCCUGCGCUAGCCUCCCGGCACCGAUCGACCGAUAUCCCUGCUCUGGAUCACGGCCUUGUCGACUGUGGGAAUUCCAAACAUGCUACCAGAUCCACCUCGUUGCCGCAACUCAUGUCUUGGGUCCUGACUGACGGGAGGGAACCCCGAUCCCAGGCGGAAGCGCACACACCCUCCCCUGGUCCUCCUCCUUCAGGCUUCGCCCUCCUUCUCCUCCUCGCCUUCGCUCUCAAUCAGAACCUCUGCAGUGGUUCGACCGGUUCGACGCCAGAUCCGUCCAUCACAGGGUUGGCCCGGCUUGACAUGGACGCGCACGCCCCCUUGCUGAGCGGGACAAUCUGUGACCAGGGCAUCACAACUUGA